AUGAAGAAAGCAGUUUCGACUUCAGAUUCGGAGCAAUUUUUAAAUCAAGAAUAUGGAAUUGAUUAUGCAUGGGCUCCACUUAAAGGUCAUUGUGCAGAAUUGACAACUACUCAAUAUACCUAUAAAAUUUGUCUUUUUGACCGAACUGUACAAAAAGAUAGAAAUGGUCAUAAUGAAGUAGAUCUUGGUCGUUGGGGUAAUUGGGCAGGUCCAGAAAUAAAUAAAUUUUCUUUACAAAAAUAUGAACAUGGCCAAAGUUGUUGGAAUGGCCCAGAACGUUCAACAAUUGUGGAACUUGUUUGUGGGUCAGAAUUGGAAUUAGUAGAAGCUAGCGAACCCGCCAAAUGUGAAUAUAAGUUUUUGGUACGUGUACCAGCUGCUUGUCAAGAUCCAAAAGAAAUUGAUGUUGGGGGAGAAGCACAUUUUGAACUUUAA